CCAUGGAAACCAUCUCCACCACAACUGCUUCAAACUAAACGCUUUAUGGCCGAAAUGGAGACAACACCAAAACAUUGCUUGGAUCUGAACGCCCCCGGCUUUAUUGGCAGUGAAUUAGACGAUGGACAACUCUCUCAGAACUCUGAGUACAAACAGCCGAACUUUAAGAUCAGCAACAUUGACUGGAUUGCUUGUAAAGACUUUACAGCUGAUGAGGGUAAAAGACAGAUCGAGGAGUACAUAAGCACUUGGGGGAUGGACCCGGACUGGAUGUUCAGUGUGAAGUUCCUACAGGAGAGUGAACUCGAGUUUGAGCUGCAGUACCACUACAGAACAUGCUGGAGCAUUCCGACCCCCCGCUGCCCUAUUCCUAAACACACCGCUUCUGUUUACUUCAUCAUCCGCGUCUCCAAAGUCAAACCUUCCAGCGUUCCUGUUCUGGUCCAGUUUCAGGUGGAAUCCAACAGAUCAGUCCACGUUCCGGGGAAAACGAGAUUCCGUGAAAAGUGGCUGAGAGAUGUAAUUGACAAUAAAACCUUGCUAAUGGACUCAGUCACAUUUUAAACAUAAAUGUG